UCGAAACCUCACCCCGCGAUCUCUGAAACAGCUAUCCUUUAUUAGCUGAAACAUAUUCAGUAUGGGUACUUCGAUUCACAACCUUCUGGCCGUCGCCCUCUCUUUCUUUCUAUUCUCGUCAGCGUCCACACAAUCCCACGAUGUUGAUGGCACAAUCUCACCACCAACCCUCGAAGGACAACUCCAACCAUCUCAGACUAACACCAGCGAUUCCCUUAUUCAUCUCUACGAGACUGAGCAAUGCCAAACGUCUCCAAAACCAACAUGUUCUGAUCCCAACUGUCUUGGGCCUCGAUACGUCAAUCCCAUGCAGUACAGAUGCGUAGCCACAACGGCUUUCCAGAUGGAUGGCAGAGAUGUUACACUCACCGGAUGUCGAUGCUGUCCAAUUCCGCUCUAUGUGCGGUGUAGCAAGCACGACUGCCGUGCUUCAACUGGUACGAGACAAUGUGCAUCUGAAGAACUGGAAGGGUGCGUUUGCCAAACGAUAGACGAUCGAAUCGAGGCUUUUCGCAGUAGGGAAGGCGAAGAUAUGCGUGUUCUAGCUGAAGGAGAGGUCGAAGAGGACAUCAUUGAGGUCAAUGAUGAUGGGCUCUUCGACAACGAGCGAACAACCCAGACCUGGCCAGCCACCGUGUCCACUCUGCUAUCUCAGACUACGGAAGAGCAGGAGAGAGAUCGAACUGGUGCAGUGGCAUUGCCAACGUUUGGACUCAAUCAGCAGCCUUUUCGCGUAAUGAGAGACGAUAUCUUUGGGUCUUUCUAUUUGGUUUACAAGACCCGAUGUUGCGGUAUCAAGAUGCUACCGAGAGGCGUCGUUUGGGCUUUUGAAAACUGAAGUUGUCGUCUGUUCUGUUGCUCUUCACAUGAUUGCUAGGUGUUAUUCUUACCUUGUAACCCUUUCUUACUAUCGUCACAUUCUUGGGCUGCUUAUCGCCCAUAAAAUGUCGGCCGCUUGAAUGUUCAGAAACAAAAACACGUAUGCCAAUGCUCUUGUUCCUAUCAGAGCCAAGUAGACGAGUGUUGAGGGCGGUUGAGCGCCUUGGAGCAAAGCUGCAGAGUCUCGGACGAUCAAUCCUUCGUUUUGAAGGAUUCAAACUACUGCAUGUAUACCUGAGACCAUGAUCCGCUGAU